CUGAUCCUGCACCUUCUGAAUGAGUAAUGGCAUUUCUGACGCCUGCAUCGCAGAUAAAACAUUAUUGUGGUUUGUUGUCAGAAGAGGAAGCACCUCUCAUCAGCCUGCCUGUUUGGAUUUUCACUGAUUGCCCUGGUCCCUUUCAUCUGGCUUCCUACAGUUUCUGUUAUCCGUUUAACUAUUCUGCAGUGAACUCUUUUAAGAGAAUUUGCAUCGUAAGAAGCAAACAACACUGUUCUAAGACACUACGCUGAAACAUUACUUUCUGGACACCUGUGGAGAGAGCCUUCUGACUAAAGUGAUAUUUGUUACUCCCUGCUACAGGAAAAGGCAACUUCUAGUCCUGUUUUUGCCGUGGAACAGUUGUCAUACCAAGUGUUUACUGUCUCUUAUCAGGCUUACAGUUAUCCCAUUUGCCAUGAAGCAUGGAAUGGACAUUAGUGGUUCUACACAAGCAGGCAGCAGUACUCAAACAGGGACUACUAAUACCUCAGACUCCAGCCUUAUUGGACCUUCUCAGCUUCCAAAAAAAAUCGGUUCUAAAACUGCCUUCACUGGUUCCACCCAGGAAAUGUCAUCUGAUGGUUGCAAACCAAAAGUGUUCAGAGGAGCAAAACGUUUGGACAAGACUUUUCAAUCUGUCAACGCCAAGCAGAGUGGAAGGACCCAGAAUCCCCUGCUUCCCUCUCAUGCCAGCCUCCAUCUUGCCCAGCUGCAAGCCCAGCUCACACUACAGAGGCUAAAACUGGCUCAGACAGCAGUCACAAGUAAUCCUGCCGCUGCAACAGUUUUAAAUCAGGUCCUUUCCAAAGUGGCCAUGUCUCAGCAGCUUUUUAACCCUCUGAGGGCUGCUUCAGUAAUAACUGCCCCUCCAAACCAGCCUGGUGGACCUCCAUUUGGACCAGGGAUGCCAAAUGCAGGAUUUCAAGCGAGUGGAUUACCUUUUCCAGCACAGAAUCCAACCUUGGGACCAUUAGUUGUAGGAGGCUUAGGCUGCAAUCAGAACAUGCAGAACCAUAACCCCAAUGCAACCAUUUUGAAUCCUUUUGGAGCUGUUAUAUCCCAGGCAUCCAACCAGCAGACAGCUGUUAUGAGUUUGGGUAAACCUGGACCUCCUCAGGUUCCUGGGGGAUUUGUGGAAUUUAAUAACAAUCUCACUCUACCAACUAGCCAAAUGUGCUCAGCUGAUGCAGGCCAAGUUAAUACGCAUGUCUUUCCAGCUGGAAUGCCUACGGUUUCAUGUUCUUCUGCUUUACCAGUGAAGAUAUCUGAAGGACAUUAUGUCUCUCCAAACCAUAUGAAAACUGUAAACCAACCUGGAUUUCAAAAAGACAUUUUUGUGCCAAAUUCUCAAGGACAACCCAUAUUAGGAAUGCAACCUUUGGCAUUUGCUGGUGAACAACCCAUUAACACAUUUCAGCACAUCAACCAAAAGGAUGUAUCACAAAAUCCAAUACCUGGAAUGGCUGCAAACCACCAAUGGGAAAACCCUAUGAGCUUCUCCCAAAAUAAGUCUGAUGCUAUGCCUCUUUCCAAUAAUGUAUGGUCAACAGGUGAUGAACUGUACAACCCUGAAGAACCAACAUCUGACUCAAAGGUGAACAUGACAUAUCCAUCUCCAUUAAGCAGACAGUAUCAUGGUAAUCAACCAUUUUCAUGUAGCCAGCAAAGCAAAAGUGAGGAACAGAUCACAGGAGGAACAUCUAAUUUUCCAUUGAGGGUACUACAACCUCAUGAAAUAAAUGACUUCAAUGGCACAACACCGGCACAGCUCCCUCAUGUUUGCUCAAUAUGUGAUAAAAGGAUCUUCAAUUUGAAGGACUGGGACCAGCAUGUAAAAGGAAAACUUCACAUUCAGAAAUGCAUGGCUUUUGUAGAAGGGUUUGGUGCCACACCUGGGAAAUUUCCUAAACCAAAUGAUAUCAAUGUGAGUUCCACUGCAACUGCAGGAGCCAUUUUCAAUACAACUGGUAAUCCUGGAACAGCUAUACCUUAUAUGCCUGCUUCACUGGUAAAGCCAUUUCCUCAGAUGAGCACUGGAUUUUGUAUGUCAACUGCUACUUCAAAAUAUCCACAGAGAAGAUCACUGCCUGGUCGAGUUGUUCACAUAUGUAAUCUUCCAGAAGGAAGCUGUACUGAAAAUGAUGUCAUCAACUUGGGACUACCUUUUGGAAAAGUCACAAAUUAUAUUCUCAUGAAGUCCACUAAUCAGGCAUUUAUAGAAAUGGCAUAUACAGAGGCUGCUCAAGCUAUGGUACAGUUCUACAAAGAGAAAUCUGCUUCAAUCAGUGGUCAGAAAUUACUCAUUCGCAUGUCAAAGCGUUAUAAAGAACUGAAACUCAAGAAACCAGGGAAGAACAUUGACUCGAUAAUACAUGACAUCACAUCUCAAAGAGGAAGAGAAUCAUUGCAUGAUAUGGACAGAUACCCAGGAGAAAGGACAAGGUCCCGCAGCCCCAUUGGUCACUCUCUUAGUGCAAGAUCUCACAGUCCUAGUUUUAGUUCCUGUAGUUCUUCACACAGUCCACUGGGAACUAAAAGACUGGACUGGACUGAUGAGUUCUCUGACAGAAAAGCAUCUUGGGAGUGGUCUCCACAUCACAGGAGGGAAGAAAGAGAAGAUGUUCUAUGGAAAAGCCGUGGUGAGGAGGACAGAGACAGGACAGAGAAAUGGGAACAGGAAAGAAAACUGUAUGCAAGGCACCUAGAUAAACUUAGCCCAAAGUCACUUGAUGAGCGAAGAGAAGGUUCUAGAAGAUCUAGAGACAGGUAUUCAAAAGCCAGCACACCAAGCACAAUUUAUUCUUCCCCGGGAUAUAAGAGUAGGGAGGAAGAACACUACAGAAAAGAGUCCAAGUCAAAGUCACAUAAAUCUCAUAAACGUGUCAUUGACAUGAAAUCCAAGAGGAAAGAGAAUGAUAAGGCAAGGGAAAGAAACUCUUUGCACAAUGAAAACGUAAGCGAUGGCGUGCUGGAAAACGACACAGGCAAAGUGAUGGAAAGUGCUAAGGAAAAAGACCCCAAGAAAAGGAAGAACUGCAAGAAGGCUGACACCUCUGGGGAUGAGGAGAAGAAGGACUCCCCAAGUGAGGUGCAGCUGACAGAACAUACUGUUAAGGAUGGUUUAUCAUCACCUGAGAGAGAUGACGAAAAAUCAGGGGAAACUAAACUUGAACAUGACAGAAAGGAUAAGGAGGAGAUUGUGAGUAAUGAAAGUGAAUCUGAUGAAGAAACUUGGUACCCAUGUAGUAUUGAGGAGCUUGUGACAGUUGAUGAAGUGGGAGACGAGGAAGAUAAUGUCAUCGAACCUGAUAUAGCAGAACUUGAAGAAGCAGAGUGUACCCAAACUGAUGAAAAAGGGUCAAACAAUUCAGAACUGCUCCCUGGCAUUGGAUCCACAGUACAUUCAGAGAAUAUAUGCAAUGUACAAAGCAAUGAUGACUGCAGCAGCAUGCAGAAUAAUCUGACAGAGACUGACCUUGAACUAGGCCACAAAAUACUUUUGUCUGCCGUAUGCACUGAAGAUAAAACUGACAAAGAAGAGUCUGGCCAAAACACUGAGGUCAUGCAACAUGAAUUACCGAAGUGCGAACAUGCUGACAGUCCUCAGAGCACAUGCACACCAGUCACAACAGAAACCACAAACAUACAAGCAUUCAUCAGGGAUUCUAAAUUAGGAGAAAAUGACUUGGUCAGGAAUUAUUUCUUGAAUGGUAAGGAGAUUUAUGGACAAGAAAAUGGUGGAAGUAACCAAAUGGGUAUUCAUAUAAACAAUACAAAUGAAGAAAGCUCAGAUAAAUGCAAAGAACACCAUGAUGCUGCAACAAAAGAUAAUAUUACGCUCUCUGGACAGGCAUCGCCAGGCUGCACUGAGAUAGAACUUGCAAAGCCACAGACGUUGUCUUCAUGGGAACAAGAGGAUGUGUUCAGCGAGCUUAGUAUCCCUUUAGGCGUGGAAUUUGUAGUUCCUAGGACAGGAUUUUACUGCAAAUUGUGUGGUCUUUUUUAUACAAGUGAGGAAACAGCUAAGACUACUCACUGCAGGAGCGCUGUGCAUUACCGAAAUCUACAGCGGUACCUGGCACAACUAGCAGAGGAAAGUCUGGCGCAAACUGAAGGAAGGAACAUAGCUGACGAGGAAGAUGCUGGCAUUGUUCCACAGUUUGAAAAGAAAAAACCUUAACGAAUGUUAAUGAGGAACUCAGUGAAAUGUGAUCCUUUUGCCUCUGGGGCAGCUGACAUGAUCAGAUGUUUGUUGGCAUGGGACAACGGACUGAUACUGUUUAUAGUUUAAGAAGAGGAGUGGCAGAGCUAUGAAUAUUUACUGGAAAGUGAGCGAGGACAAGGUCUAGUGAGCUUUACAGCUUCAAAUGCACGUGGUUGUAAGUGGCCUCUUCAUAUUACUGAAAAACAUUCUCACUUGAUACAGUAACUGUAUCUGUGUACAGCUUCCAAGCAGGUACAGUUUGCAGACUUAUGAAAUGCCCAUAUAUGAGAAGUGACAGUGUGUAGACUGCUGCAUUCAUUUUCAUCCUGUCCCAGGUGAUCAUGAAAGACACCUACACUGGCUUAAUGAACCCAAGGGAUGAAAACCUGAUUCCAGAAGUUAUAGGCACUUCCUGAAUAAAACGAACAUUAAACUCUUUCAACGUAUUUGUGCAUAGUUUUGUUUUUCUGUGAAUUAGGGACAUUGGCUUUCUAGACACCAAUUUUGGAGACUGCAGAGUUGAUGUACAUGGUUUACAUUUGAGGAGCCAUAGGAUUUUAAAUGUCAUCUAUCACUGUUUCAUGUCGUUUUUUUAAAUAGAAAGAGAUUAUUGGCAGGGUGAUAAUAAUCAUUCAUAGUGAUUAGAACAGGGAUCUAUCAGGUCUUCCAAAAGUAAAUAGCUAAUAUAGAAAAGAGUCCAGAAAUGAUAUGCUAAAACAAAACAUUGCCUCCCAUGAAAUAUAUGUCUUAGUGGAGGCAAGGCUUAGCCUCAGGAUCCUCCAAUUUUAGAAGAAAAAGCUGCCACCAUAAAAAGAUACAACUCUGCAUUACCCGACAGAGAAAGGUGUCAGAGGCUAGUAACUCAUACAGUGUUGACAGAACAGGAGGUCAUGCUGAGUUCCUCUGUAUUCCUUGCCAGUCUAACUUCCAAAAUAAGGUACUGUCAGCUACAGUGUUUAGCUAUCAGAACUGGUCAGGCAAAGAACAUUCACUUCUGCAUGGCCACUAAAGCAGAGAGUGGAUGAACGCUAAGUAGUUAUUAAGCAGUUUUCAAACUUAAAUUGGUACAGAUGGGACUGUAAUGAAAGCUCACUGUUUCAGGCCAUAUCAUGGCUUCUGGUUUCAUGUGUGACCCUGGUCAGUCUUGAUGUCUUUGGUCUUAUGACUCACACUACCACCUACAAUAAUAUGACACUUCAUAACUGGAAUGGAAACACAGCUGCUGGAUGCCUAUUUGCAGCACCAAUGACUCCAUAAUUGUAUGCUGUAUAACAAACUUAUCUUCAUGGAGGAUUCUGCUUGAAAACUAAGUAACAAGUAACUGCCUCAACUGUUCUAUUAUUUAUUCUUUUUUUAGGCUAUAGGCUGAGCAUUCGGCCCUUUUCUAUUGGUUUGGUAUUCCUAGUGGAUCUUGGUGCGCAUUUCAGCAUUUUUUGUGUUUUUACUUUACAUCACAGUAAUGAGUAACUCACUUAUUUUUCAGUAAUUGACAUACUGUGGAUGUAUAAUUCAUUAAUUACGGCAUAACACAAGGCACUCGCACCUUACUGCACUACAACACAAGGUGUAACACUAGACAAUACUAAGAGGCAAACCACAGUGCUAUACAAUCACAACUCUUGAUUAAAAAACACAGGAGAUGUAUAGCCAUGAACUAUGUCUGAUAAUAUUAUGACAUACAGAAUGCAGCUGUUACCCACCCUACUGAAUAUGUCAUGUCCUUGUAAAGGCACACUGCCUUGUACUGCUAGAAUAGAUAGUAACAGCAAAGAGGGUUGAUGCAAAUGUGAGUGCUUUUCUUAUGCUCCCCCAGCACUAUUCUUUCCUACCUUGUUGAUAUGCUUCCAUAUUUUUUAUUCACCCCACAUGUAUACACACUGCAGUCCCCAGCAUACAUACGCAGCGCUGACCCCGAAAGAUGCAGAUAUGAUGAUAAUGAAUAGCAUGAGUUACACAUCAUGAAUCACUCAGUUAUGCUGCUGUUAUAUUAAUCACAGUCAAGUAAUGGUAGCAUUUUUGUCACUCACUAAGGCAGUGGUCAGCAAGGAGGGUGGAAGAGAGGUCUAAUUCACAUGAGUGCUCUGGUAACAUGACAACUUUAGGGAGAAGAGAGUCUUUUACAGACACAUUUAUGAUCAUUUAAAGAAAACUGGGGGAAGGUCGGGGUUUAUAUGUUUCAGUUCAGAGAGGGACAGGGGGUUCAUGUACUGUUAUUAUCACUCUUUGUUUACGAGGUCUCACUAGUCUUAUUAACCAACAGACCAGGUAGGAUACAUAGUGAAGUUUGCAGUAUGCCUCUAGGGUUAACUGUUUAUAGCUUCAUCAAAUGGUAUAUGACAUUAAUCCUGCCCCACAGCAGUAGCAGACUACAUCUACAUCUAUGCAUGGCUUUGAAGACAGUACUAGAAUUUGUCUAUAUUCUGCUUCUAUGAAGAUAAUGGUCCCUAAAUUAGAAGUCAUGACUGACCAUGUGUGAUGAAGACCUCAGUGGUUCUGCAGCAUAGAAAGAGCUCAGCUUACAAAUGGUUUUAAUUUCUUCAAACACAGUAUAGGCUUUUCUUCUGAGAACUACUCUGACAGGCAACUGCAACUGAAUUUAGGUCCCAAUUCAGACUUUUGCCACCCGAUCUCUUUCUUACUGGUUGGAAUUCACAUAAUAAUGACAAGCUCUGUUGUCAUCACAUAGAUUUACAUGACCGUUUCCCAAAGCUGCUAUGAUAGUUGUAAUACUGAAGCUCAACCAGGGAAUUAAAAAAAGCAGAGAGCUACAGGAUUAUACUCAAAAUCUUCUUCAAAAAUAAUCUAAAAUAUAAAAACAAAAUAAGGUAAAAUGAACUUGUUUAUUCUGAUAUUUUUAUGUCAGUAUUUUAGAUUAUUUCUCAGAGAUCAAAACAUUAAUUGUAACAUUUCUAUUUGCAGCACAUAUUUGUACACUGGUUUAUCCUGUUUUCAGAUUCAACAUAUUUUGUAAGUGCAUGUGCAUUCAAGCACACACAUACACACACACACACACACACACACACACACACACAC